AUGAUAGGGCAGUGCGACUACUGUACGCGGCGGGGCCGAGACGUAGCAGUGGUACCCGGCAGUGGUAGGGGGCAUGCGAGUCGACGGAGAUCUUGGGCUGGAGAUGCGGCCUGGCGGGAGGCGCCGCCGGACACGCUUGAAAUUUCAACCGCAAAUCUACACGCAGCGCGGUGACGUCAUACGCUCACGCGACAGCGGCACCACUCGCUCUUUUCUGUAAGCCAUGUGUAAACCGGCCCCUCCGACCUC